CGAUAGGCUCCAGAGGUGCAGGGAGAGGGAGGGCUGCAGGUGUGGAAGGGCUGCAGGUAUCGGCAUCCGUUUUCGUAUCAAGCUUUAGGGUUUGUUUUUGUUUGUUUGUUUUUGAGCCUUCAGGAAGGAGAGAGUCAUUUCUCCACUUCACGGUUGGGAGUCCGAGAUUCUGUUACUGCCGCCGGAGAGGUCGCUUUCCCUUUCCUGCGUCUUUUCCUUUACGCACACUUGACUCUUAGGCUGGUUAGAUUCGCCCUCCCUUCACCUAGGUGUCUUGUCGUUUGAUUUGGUUUUAGUUCUGUCCUUUGGGAGAAUUCCAGCUUCCGGUGCCUCCUAAGCGGAUCCCCUCUCACCUCCAUCUAAGUCCUCCGGGGAGCCCGGCCCCUCGCUUGCCGGGGUCAGGAAUGGAGCGUGAGGGCUCUCCGGAAUCUCCACCGCGGGAGGGCUCUUCCAUGCCCGGAGAGUGCCCUUCUUCUGACCUCGGGCAGGCCUUGUCCCAGAUCCUGCACCAUCUUACCCGCCAGGAGUCCCGACGGGGCAAAGCCAGAAAUGCAGCUCUUCAGGACCUCAGUGCUCUCCUAGAAGCCACAGAGUGUGAUCAGUUAUUUGAGGGGAGUGACACUUCGCUCGGCGGAGUGCCCGGGAUGCUGGGGAAGGUGACAGCCGCCCUGGAGAAGUAUGCAGCCCCACCCAAGGAGGAGGAAGGUAGAGGGGAUGGUUCCUCUGCCGUGGCCGAGAAAGCGGCAGCAGUUGGGUUGCUAUUCAUUAAGCUACUGAGGAAAGUGGAGUCUGCCAAGAAGCCCCCGGUUCGCCUGGCGUGGAAGAGAGGCCUGCGUCACCUGGCAGGACCCAUCUACAUGUUUGCCAUCACACACAGUGUGCAGCAGCCAUGGACCAGGCCAGGAUCUCAGGACGUUGCUAGAGAGGUGCUCACCUUACUCCUUCACGUUGCUGAGUGUGGUUCUGUGGCAGGAUUCCUCCACGGAGAAAAUGAAGAUGAGAAAGGGAGAUUUGCUGAGAUAAUGGGGCUUCUCCAGCCCCAUUUGAACAAGGAAUCCUGGAAGAAUAACCCUGCCACCAAACAUGUUUUCUCCUGGACUCUGCAACAGGUCACUAGACCCUGGCUGAACCAGCAUCUAGAAAGGAUACUUCCCCCAUCAUUGCUCAUCUCAGAUGACUAUCAAACUGAGAACAAAGUCCUGGGUGUCCAUUGCCUCCAUCACAUUGUGCUUAAUGUGCCAGCUGCUGACUUGCUCCAGUAUAACAGGGCCCAGGUCCUAUACCAUGCCCUUUUCAACCAUCUGUACACACCGGAGCACCACCUCAUUCAGGCUGUGCUGCUGUGUCUGCUGGAUCUGUUUCCAGUCCUGGAGAGAGGCCUGCACUGGAAGGGAGGUGCAGCUCGACCCACCACACACUGUGAUGAGGUCCUGCAGCUGAUCCUGACCCACAUGGAGCCAGAGCACCGUGUUCUCUUACGCAGGACCUACGCGAGAAAUCUUCCAGCUUUUGUGAAGAGGUUGGGGAUUCUGACCGUCCGGCACUUGAAGAGGCUAGAGCGAGUCAUCCUUGGUUAUCUGGAAGUUUAUGAUGGGCCAGAGGAGGAGGCUAGAUUGAAGAUAUUGGAAACCCUAAAACUUCUCAUGCAGUAUACUUGGCCCAGAGUUUCCUGUAGACUUGUGGUCUUAUUGAAGGCUCUCUUGAAACUGAUAUGUGAUGUAGCAAGGGAUUCAAGCCUUACACCUGAGCCUGUUAAGAGUGCUUUGUUAGAGGAGGCCACAGACUGCCUGCUUCUCCUGGACCACUGCUCUCAAGGACAAGUGAAGGGUCUCCUGGCUAAAAUUCCCCAAAGCUGCGAAGACAGCAAGGUGGUGGAGUGUGUCAGAAAGGUGCAGCAGGUUUCUGAAGGCGCUCCCUACAGUGGAACUUAAAAACUUCUCCUAAAGAGAAGAGGAUUUUCUUUUUGUAUAAAUGGAAUUACUUAAAGAAAAAGGUAUUUUUAUACUGGACAAUAUAACUUGGAUUUUUUUC